AUGGCGCCCAACUUCAACAGCCCGAAGCAGGCGCUCGAGCAGGGCGUCUGCGGCCAGCACGGGUGGUCGAGCCGGUAUUUCCAAGACCCGGACACCUCGCGGUGGUGUGUAGAGGUGCGAUGGGGCGUCGGAUCUUCCCAGCGGCAGGUCUUCGUCAGCGACGACGAAAGCGACGCCGCGUCCAAGCCGGGGAUCAAGAAGGGCCACGCCGCCGCGGCGACGGUCGCGCUCGAGGGGCUGACGGAGAUCCUCCGCGCGGCGAACGUCAAGCCGUCGCGGACGAUCGACGAGACGUUCGGGCCGCGGUUCGACGCGACGUGUCGCGUGCUCGGCGGAGGGCAUGGAUUCGAGAACGGGUGGGAUGCGCUCUGGGCGUGCGCGCCGUCCGUGGUAGCCGUGGACGUGGAAGGGAACCAGCGCACCCCGCCGGUGCUCGUGCAAGUGUGCGCGCGCGUCGGCGCGGACACGCUGUGCGUCCUCGAGACGCCGAGUGUCGCGGAGGGGCUGAGCGAGAACCUGCGGCGGCUGCUGGACGACGACGCGAUCGUAAAGGUUUUUUGCGACGGCACGAGCGGCGCGGAUAAACGCUCGCUCGGCGUGCGUUCAACGUGUAACGUGCUCGACUUGGAGCACGUCGCGACCGAGCUGGCGGGCGCGACCGGGGUGCAGAGGGGGCUCGCGCGGAUAUUGAACCUCGCGUGGCCGGACGCGACCGUCCGCGUGACGAAGGAUGCGGCGGAAAAAUCGUCGGUGAAGUUUUUCGCCGCGAUCGAGCGGGGGACGCGGCCGCCGCUCUCGGGGUUGCACGAUAUUCCGCCCGACGUGGUCAGGUACGCCGCGAUGGACGCGUGGUGCACGCUUUUAGCGCACCAAGGGCUGCAGCUGUUAGCGCGACGCGAGGGGAUAUCGAUAAAGGGCUAG